CCUCCUACAACCUGACCAUGUUUGCCCUCGUAAGCAGGAGGCUACAACUCGCUAGGCCUGCGGCCCUCCGCUUGUAUAGCACACCGUCGCCAUCGCUGGAUACCCAACACACGCGCGAACUCUCAGACGGCGAGCGUAAUAUCCACAACAAGCUGCUGGAGAAAUUCUCUCCGACGGACUUAGCGGUACAAGACGUGUCUGGCGGCUGUGGUACAUUCUAUGCUAUCAAGAUAGCCAGUGAAUCCUUCAAAGGGCUGUCGAUCAUUAAGCAGCAUCGCCUGGUCACACAAACCUUGAAGGCGGAGAUUGAAGGCAUCCACGGUCUUCAGAUUAAGACUGAGGUCCCAUAGCUUCACGAAUAUUCCCGACAAGGUAUGCCAAAAGCCCAAAAUGCAUCUACGUCACAGUGUUCUAUGGACGCUCAGCGCCUUGAAAUAUUACUUGCCUUUAAUCCCAGACCCUACUCUCCCUAAAAGUGC